CACGCCCUCGAGCCAUCAUUCGAUAAGCAGAAAUGGCGGAGGCCAGCAGCCCCAGUUCGAGCCCCAGCACCAGCGCGUCCCCCUCGCCCAAGUCGAAAGACGACGUCGAGAGCAUCCAGGAUGACGCGUCCAUGGACGAAGGCGACUCGGUGGAGAGAAACGACACUGCAGACGACGAGGACAUGGACGACACUUCGGAGGACACGAAGAAGUCGCUGCUGUCCAAGGAAGAGCGCGAGGCGCUGCGUAGAGAGGAAGAGGCUGUUCUCCAAGAGCAACGCGACCGUCAGAGCAAAUCUCUGGACCUGGUUAAGCAGUCGAUGGCGCAAGAUGCCGAGUGGGAGGGCAAGUCUGCUCGAGACAAGAAAAUGGCCUUCCUGAUGGCCCAAUCCGACGUCUUUACGUCCUUCCUCAUGGGUGGCAGUAGUGCGUUGGGCAAGGAGAUGUCUCGUAACAAGGCAGCCAAAGAGGCGGGCUCAAAGCGCGGGAAAGGCAGCAAACAAGCCGACGCCCAGGCUCUGCAAGAUAUGGACGAUGCUCGCUACACGAGAAUCACGCAGCAGCCGUCGAUCAUCAAAUUCGGUACUAUGAAGCCAUAUCAACUUGAGGGCCUCAACUGGAUGAUCCGACUGCACGAUUCGGGCGUGAACGGCAUCUUGGCCGACGAGAUGGGAUUGGGUAAAACCCUGCAGAGUAUCUCGCUCUUGGCCUAUCUAAGAGAAGCUCGAGGCAUCGAAGGCCCUCAUAUCAUUAUCGUACCUAAGAGUACAGUGGGCAACUGGAUGAGGGAGCUCAAGAGAUGGUGUCCCUCGAUUAAAGCCUUCAAGUUCAUGGGCAGCAAAGACGAGCGUGCAGUACAGAGGGAAACCGUCGUGAGACAGGACUUCGACGCUCUCGUGUUGUCCUACGAAGUGGCUAUCAUCGAGAAGUCGAUUCUGCAGAAGAUCAAGUGGAAGUAUCUGCUGAUCGACGAGGCCCAUCGCGUCAAGAACGAGAACUCGAAGCUCUCGAAGGUCGUGCGGGAGUUUAAAGUCGAGCACCGACUGCUGAUCACCGGAACGCCGUUGCAGAACAAUCUGCACGAGCUGUGGGCGCUGCUCAACUUUCUGCUACCCGACGUGUUCUCGGAUUCCGAGGAUUUCGACGCCUGGUUCAACGUGGACGAGCAGGAAGGACAGGAGAAUGUCAUCAAGAAGCUGCACACGAUCUUGCGACCUUUUCUACUGCGUCGCUUGAAGGCAGAUGUAGAGCACUCGCUGCCUCCGAAGAUCGAGACGAAGCUCUAUGUCGGUCUUUCGGAGAUGCAGCGCGAGUGGUACAUGCGCGUGCUGCAUCGGGACGCUACACACCUCAACGCUAUCGGCGGCAGUGACCGCGUUCGUCUACUCAACAUUCUGAUGCAGCUACGGAAGGUUUGCAACCAUCCGUACUUGUUCGAAGGUGCAGAGCCUGGUCCGCCGUACCAGGAAGGGCCGCAUCUGUGGGAGAACUGUGGAAAGAUGACGCUACUGCACAAACUGCUGCCCAAGCUUCAAGCGCAGGGCUCGCGAGUUCUGAUUUUCUGUCAAAUGACGUCGAUGAUGGACAUUCUGGAGGACUACAUGCGGUAUUUCAGCCACGACUACUGCCGUCUAGAUGGAUCUACCAAGGGAGAAGACCGUGACAAUAUGAUGGAAGAGUUCAACGAGCCUGGCAGCUCCAAGUUCUGCUUCUUGCUGAGUACACGAGCUGGCGGUCUAGGUAUCAACUUGGCUACUGCAGAUAUCGUGAUUUUGUUCGACUCGGACUGGAACCCGCAGGUAGAUCUGCAGGCUAUGGAUCGCGCGCAUCGUAUCGGCCAGACGAAGAUCGUGCGUGUCUUCCGCUUCAUCACGGACGGUACCGUGGAAGAGAAGAUCGUGGAGCGUGCAGAGCGGAAGCUGUAUCUGGAUGCCGCUAUCAUCCAGCAAGGUCGUCUAGCUCAACAGAACCGGAAACUGUCCAAGGACGAGCUCAUGACGAUGGUGCGCUUCGGUGCUGACGAGAUCUUCAAUGCUCGUGGGUCGAUGAUUACGGACGACGAUAUCGACGCCAUUUUGGCUCGAGGAGAAGAGCGCACAGAGUCCAUGAAAGGCAAGAUUGCUGCUGAUAUGCAGCACAACUUGGCCAACUUCUCGCUCUCGGGCGACAACGGCAACGCCAAUGUCUCGAGUCUCUAUGAGUUUGAAGGCGAAGUGUUCUCGAAAGACACGAACAACGGCGACAUCCUGCCGUCCACGUUCAUUGCUCUCCCUCAGCGUGAACGCAAGUCCAACUACAAUGAAGACGAGUAUUACCGUCAGCAAGCAGGUCUGUCCAAGCCCAAGAAGCCCAAGAAAUCGGGAUCUGACGCCGCCAAAGUGCCAGUUGUGCACGACUACCAGUUCUUCCAACAGGAUCGUAUGGUGGCUCUACUCACGAAGAAGACACAGGUGGAGAAUCGUCGGAAGGAGCUGACGCGUCUGAUCAAGGAAGCCAAGGCGGACGAGGCGCGAGUCAAGGCGCGGAAGGCCAAGGGGGAAGAGUCUGGGGACAAGACGAAGGAGGAAGAGUCUGCCGCAAACUCAGCCGAGGAAGGAGAAGGCGACGACGCGCGCUCUGCUGCUCUUGAGAAGGAGCUGAAUGAGACAGAGAUGGAGGCUGCCGAUGCCAAGGAGCUGGAGGAACUGGAGAAGGAAGGCUUUGGCGACUGGACGCGACGGGAUCUGAAGCAGUUUAUCAACAGCUGCGAACGCUACGGCCGCGCUGACAAGACGCGGGUGUGCGAGGAAGUGUCGUUGGUUCUUGGGAAGGACCCUGUGCAGGUGGAGAGAUACUACGACACGUUCUGGACGCGCUACACGGAGCUGAAGGACUACGCCAAGUACAUGGAGAAGAUCGAGCGAGGCGAGAAGCGCUUGGAGCGGAAUGAGGUCGUGAAGCAGGCGCUUGCGCGCAAGUGCAGUCGCUACAGCCACCCGCUCCGUGACAUGCGACUGCACUACCCUGCUGGCUACAAGAGCAAGGGCUACAUCCUGGACGAAGACGUGUUCCUGGUGGUCAUGAUGAACAAGUACGGUCCUCUGGAGCACUGGGGCGAGAUCCGCGAUGAGAUCCGCAAGGCCUGGCAGUUCCGCUUCGACUGGUUCUUCAAGUCUCGGACCAUCGGCGAGUUGCAGAAGCGCGGAGAGCUCUUGACGCGCAUGAUCGAGCGAGAGAACGACGAGCUCAAGAGCAAGAGCAGCAAGGACGAGGACGAUCUGGCCAAGAAGGCCAAGAAGAGCAGCUCGUCCAGCUCGUCCAAGAGCAAGAGCAGCAGCAGCCGCAGCAAGACGAGCUCGUCCAGCUCAAGCAAGAAACGCAGCAGCUCGUCCAAGUCGUCGUCCUCUUCGAAGAAGCAGCGCUCCAGCUAAGUUUCACGUAACUCUGGUAUAUCACUUUUUUUUAAUACUUUUUUGUGUUUAA